CUCAUAGCCACACAGCUGAGACAACAUGAGGCCCAGCAGCUUCUUGGUCCUGGUGGCGUUCCUUAUCCUGGGGAUUCUGGCGGCACAGGCCGCUGUCACUGGAGGGCAAGGCACUGGCAAAGGUCGUGUUCCGGUCAAAGGACAAGAUCCGGUUAGAGGUCAAGAUCCAGUCAAAGCCAAAGGUCCCGUGUCCACUAAGCCUGGCUUCUGCCCCCACAUUCUGAUCCAGUGCGCCAUGUUGAACCCUCCGAACCGCUGUCUGAGUGACACCGAGUGCCCGGGGGCCAAGAAGUGCUGUAAGGGCACUUGUGGGCUGGCCUGCUUGGAUCCCCAGUGAGGAGACUGGUUGCACUGAAGUGGACCUGUGAUAGCAGGACAUCCUGGAAAGUAGGCAAGAGCCAUGCCCAAACUUCUGGCCUGACAAGUACAAGAUACACCACUGGUAGUAAGAUUAGUUUAUGUAUUGACUGCUUCUCUGUUCCAGAUCCUAUACUAACUGUAUUAUAUGUACUGUCUUAUUUAUUUCUCGUAAGAACCUUCUCAAAUGGGUAUUAUCUCAUAUCUUUAAUUUUGUUAAAAGACUGAAGCCACGAGAGGUUCAGUAACCAUCCACAGUCACAUAGUUAGUACAUGAUAAAUCCCAUUUUUAUUAGAAUGAGAAAUAAUCAGAAUAAAAAUUUUUAAAUCCCACUUAUAUCAGUCAGAAAAAGACAAAUACCAUAUGAUCUCACUCACAUGUGGAAUUUAAGAAAGAAAACAGAUGACUAUAUGGGAGGGGGGAGAAAGGAGAGAGAGAAACAAAUCGUAAAGAGACUCUUAACGAUAG